UCUUUGCACAAAGAUGUGGCUUUUUCUUGGGAUCAUCUUUUCUCUGGGGAUGCUAAUUCCUGGAAAACUCAGCUUGAAAUUACAACAUGAUAGGGAUCAGGUUUUGCAGAUUGUGCCAGAAACAUUUCAGCAAGUCCAGCAUCUUCAGCAUCUUUGCAGCACUUUACUGCUGGAUUUGUGGAAGCCCCUGCUGCCUGAAGACAUCUGGGCUGGAGAAGACCUGCACAUAAGGGUCCCAGCCCCUCUGGUGCAGGAGAUAAAAGACAGCUUAGAUCAGCAUAUGAUCUCUUACAAAGUCCUAAUACCUGAUGUGCAGGAACUUGUGGAUCAGAGCAUGCCAAGGGAGAGCAGCCACAGGCAAGUCCCAGAAGGUUAUGUCUACACCCAAUAUCACCCAAUGGAAGAGAUUUAUCAGUGGAUGACUCAGAUCCAGAAGAGCAACAGUGACCUGGUGACUCAGCACUACCUGGGGAAGACAAUCGAGAAUCGAACAAUGUAUUAUCUGAAGAUCAGCCAACCAUCAGAUAAAAACAAAAAGAUCAUUUGGAUGGACUGUGGGAUUCAUGCCAGAGAAUGGAUCUCUCCAGCCUUCUGCCAGUGGUUUGUGAAAGAAAUUCUUCAAAAUUACAAAUCUGACCCAAAGAUAAGCAGAUUUCUGCAGAAUUUGGACCUCUAUGUCUUGCCAGUCCUCAAUAUUGAUGGCUACAUCUAUUCCUGGGAAAAAGAUCGUUUGUGGAGGAAAAACCGUUCUCCACAUAUGAAUGGCACCUGCUAUGGGACAGAUCUGAACCGAAACUUCAAUUCCUCCUGGGGCAGUAUUGGUGUUUCUUAUAACUGCAGCAGUGAAAUCUUCUGUGGAUCUGGACCAGAAUCAGAGCCUGAGACAAGAGCUGUGGCUCAGUUUAUCGAAAGGAAGAAGAGUGACAUUUUGUGCUAUUUAACAAUUCACUCCUACGGACAGUACAUCCUUACUCCAUAUGGUUCCACAACUAAACCUCCAAGUAACAGUGAAGAACUGAUGCAUGUUGCUGAGAAAGCAGCUGCUGCCCUGAUGGGAAAGUAUGGGACCACAUAUGAAGUAGGAUCAACCUCUUUAAUUUUAUACAGUAAUUCAGGCUCCUCACGGGACUGGGCUCACACGAUUGGCAUUCCUUUCUCCUACACCUUUGAACUACGAGAUAAGGGUACUCAUGGGUUUGUCCUACCCCCCGACCAGAUCCAACCCACAUGUGAGGAGACGAUGUUGGCUGUGACAACUAUCAUAGACUAUGUUGAUCAGAAGUACUUCCCAGGUGGGGGUGUGGUGCUGACCUCUGGAAGCCUGGGCCUGAGCCUCUGCCUGAGUGUUGUACUUACAUGGACAGUUUCUUAA